CCCCCGCCACGCUCAUACAAACGCCACGCUGCCGUGCGGCGAGGAAAGUGUCGUGAAGGGGUCGGGCGCGUUCGCGGUGCGGCCCCAUGUGGCGGGGCGCGGCGGCGGCGCUGCUGUGCCUGGGGGCCGCCUGCCUGCUGGGCCGCGGGUUCGAUCCCCGCGCCUGGCUGGUGCCGCCCCGCGGCCGCCUGCUCAGCGCCGCUGAGCUGGGCCGGUACCGCGGGGCGCCGGGCGAGCCCGGCCUCUACCUGGCCGUGCUGGGCCGCGUCUUCGACGUGGAGCGCGGCCGCAGGCACUACGGGCCCGGCGGUGCCUACAGCAGCCUCGCAGGCAGAGACGCCACCAGAGCGUUUGCCACCGGGGACUUCACCCAGGCGGGGCUGGUGGACGACGUGUCGGGGCUGUCGCAGGGCGAGAUGCUGGCGGUGCAGAGCUGGCUGGUCUUCUAUGGACAGCACUACAAGCCCGUGGGGAAGCUGGUGGGCAGAUUCUAUGAUGAAAAUGGGGCACCGACAGAAGCCUUAAGGCAGGCUGAGGCUGCCAUUGAGGAAGCUCAGAAAUUGAAGGCAGAAAGCGAGCAGAGGCAGCAGCAGUUUCCACCCUGCAACUCGGAAUGGAGCUCUGCCAAGGGCAGCCGUUUCUGGUGCUCCAGACAGAGCGGGGGAGUGAGCAGAGACUGGACUGGGGUUCCCCGCAAGCUGUACCAGCCUGGUUCGAGGGGCAGCCGCUGUGUGUGCGUGAGGACUGCGGGCGCCCCGUGGGGACAGCCGGAUUCGGCCGAGCACAGCGACAGAGGUGACCUGGAUAACCCUCAGCUGGAGGAAUACGAGGGCUGCGAUCCGCUGGCCCCGCAGUGCGUCCUCAAGGUGUGAUGCCGAGCGCUGGGUCUGAAAAGGGUGCAGAGUCCAACCGUGAAAUGCUGCGCUUUGGGUGGGCAGCUGCAGCUCCAGCUCCAUUCCCUUCUGUCUGUCUGGGCAAAGGGAGCAACAACAAUUUCAUGUUAUUUGUGACUCUUUUUCUAGUGCGUGGAGACGGAUUUGAGAGGAAGAGGAAACACUUCAGCUGAGUUAGUGGCUGAAAAAUCAGCAACAGGAUACUUCUUUAGAGCUUUAUUCCUAUGGUAUCUACAUCUGGCAACAAACUGUAAGAUGCACAACCUGGGUUAUAUUUAAAACCUGAUUUCUUUUGCAGUCAGGAAAUAGAUGCUUGUGUGCGUGGUGGUGGGUGCAACGUGUUGUGUUUUGAGGCAGCAAGCACAGGAGCUGCUGCAGCAUCACUGACCUCAAAUUGUGCACAGUCACUUGGACUCUGCUACUGCAGUGCUGUGCAAAUGGUCCUUCCAGUCACCUGAUUUACUCCAAAGAGUUUAAAGAUGGCAGGGAGAAGCCUCAAUUUCUCCUACAAUUAAGGUAUGCAGUAUCUAGGAACUUGUGCAGUUUAGUUAUAUGCAAGCUUUAUCAAAUUCCUGGAGUACAGAAGACAAAGGUCAUGGCUAUAUUUCCUCAUUCAGUGUUUGUAUUAGAUACUGUGCAAAGAAGCUAUUUGGAGCCACCUGUGAGGAUCGUUGUUUUAUAUUAACCUCACCAUCCUGGUCCUCUGAUUCACAACUUUCAAACUACUCGGACCAGUAAUUGGUAAUUUUAAAUAGGCAAUAACUAAAGCUGCGUGGCAACACAAUUGUGCUGCUGCCGCCGUCUGCCUAUUUCCAUUCUGGUAUGUGACCUCUUUCCAUCAGGUACGUGUCCAUCAGGCUGCAGCUGGAUGUGUCGUCACAAGGCCCAGAUCCCUUAAAAUCUGUAUUUUAUCAUAGCUGGCAAAAAUCAGUCACGCAAGCAACUCCCAGAAGAGCAGAGCAAGUUGUUAUACCAUUUCUGCAUGGGACUAAAAAAGACAAGGGAGUAUCCUGUGGAAGGCUGAGGUGCUGUAAAGCCCAGGCCACAGGGAAGCCACUGUGGUUGAGUCUACUGUUAGGAUGAGUUUCAGGUGCAGCCUCAGGAGACACCCAGAUCACACACAGUCCAGCUGCCGCACAGAUCUGUGUUCAGUUCUGUUCCUUAAGGCAGCUACCACCUCUUCAUAAACAGCUUGAGGUGUUUAUAAGCCCAUUAGUUCUGAGAGACUAUCACCUCUGAAGUCCCACAAGUCUAAUUAGUAACGAGUGAGAUUGCGGGAAGCCCGGCAGUAUCACCUUAGGAGCGAUCGCUCCAUGGCAGUGACAGCAGGACACAGUGCAGCGCUUUUCACCUGCGAUGGUUAGAUAAGGCUACCACUGCCGUGGAUAGGACCUGUACCACAAUUAAAAUGUGUACAUGCUACUGUAAUAAACUUUUUAUUUAUUUAUUUAUUUUAA